CCCUUUGCCCUUUUUGCUUUAACUCGAUCGAUCAAAAAUGGAUGACGAUUUAGCAAGUUUUUUACCACAGUCGUUUGGCAAAGGCAAGUCUUCCAAACCUACCAAAAAGACCGCUGCGGCAGACAACGACGAAUGGGACGCACUACGUGAAUUCUUGCCAAUGUCAUUUGGCAAAAAGGAAAAAAAGAAGGAUACUACUUCCUUCUUUGACAAGACAAAACGAGAGGAUACAACCGAACUUAAACGACAACGAGUCGAAGCUAGUAGCGAAAUAUCAUCAGAACCAGCCAAAUCCACAACCAAAACCAAAAAGGUAGACGACGAUGGCGAUGACGACGACGACAACAACGACAACGCAAAUGAGGACGAUGCAGUAGCAGAUAGCAAUAUUUUACCGAUCACACAUGAAGUCAAACUCAAAGACCAUACACGUACUGUAUCAGCAUUAACACUGGACCCAGCUGGCGCUCGACUCGUUACGGGUGGAUACGAUUAUGAUGUCAAGUUUUGGGAUUUUGCAGGCAUGGAUCGGUCUUUCCGACCAUUUCGCAGCAUUGAGCCUUGUGGUGGCCAUCAGAUCCACGAGUUACAAUAUUCAUUGACAGGCGACCGGGUCUUGAUUAUAUCCGGCAGCGCUCGUGCAAAGCUGUACAGUCGUGACGGUAACGAAGUAUGUGAAUAUGUUAAAGGCGACCCUUAUAUCCGAGAUAUGCGCCAUACAGACGGCCAUAUUGCAGCAUUGACGAACGGUUGCUGGCAUCCAACAGAUCAACAGACAUUUGCUACGUCAUCCCAGGAUGGAUCUUUACGUCUUUGGGAUGUGGAGCAAAAACGGAAACAGAAGUCUGUGAUUGUGUACAAAUCACGAGAGCGUGGUGGUCGGUCGCCUGCUACAGCAAUAACAUAUAGUCCCGAUGCAAAACUGAUCGCAGGCGCGUUCCAAGACGGCAGUAUCAAUUUGUGGGGUGCCAAUGGUCCGUUUUUAAGGCCAUCCCACGCAAUCACUGAUGCACAUCAAAAGUAUACAGAAACGUCGUGUCUCUUGUUUUCCAAAGAUAACCAUACCAUGGUGAGCCGAGGUGGCGAUGAUUCUGUUAAAGUGUGGGACAUUCGAAACCUGAAAAAUCCUGUGCGAACGGCGUACAAUUUGGAUACAGUCAACCCUGAAGCGAACGUUAUAUUUAGUCCAGAUGAACGAUUAAUCUUGACGGGUACAUCCGUUCCCAAGGGCAAAGGUUACGGUAAACUAGUAAUGUUAGAUAGAGAAACAUUAGAAGUCCAAAGAACAAUGAGUAUUACUCAAUCUAGCGUCGUUCGGGUACUAUGGCACCCUCGUAUCAAUCAGAUCAUUACUGGUAGCGCAGACGGGUCUGUAGGCGUCUUUUACAGUCCAACCCAUUCGACACGUGGUGCCAAACUGUGCGUUGUUCGCGAGGAAAAAAGACGUGCUGUUGAUGACUAUGAAAUCGACCGGCCCAUUAUCACACCUCAUGCUUUACCGAUGUUCAAAGAUGAUCAACCAAGAAGCUCAAAGCGAAAGAGAGAAAAGCUUCGAAAAGAUCCCGUCGUUUCCCAUCGACCAGAUAUGCCAGUCAAAGGUCCCGGAAAAGGUGGCCGUGUCGGUACAAACGAGCAACAAUCGGUUAUUGCCGGCUUUGGAAAGGAUACUACGCGAGACGAGGAUCCUCGUGAAGCAUUGUUGAAAUACGCUAAGCAGGCCGAAGAGGAACCCAUGUGGAUCAGCAACAUGUAUAAAAAGACACAACCAAAGCCGAUCUUUAAAGAAGAUCAAGAAGAGGACGAAGGCGAGGGCAGCAACAAAAAGGAUAAAUAAACAUGAUUGUUGUUUCCACCUAAUUUGGAUUAACGC